GUCGCGUCUUUACCUCGAACGCCAUCCACAAAUUACCAGCUUACCCGUCUACCCUGUCGAUUGCACAAUGGGAGAGUCAAGAUCUGAGCUUUUGGCAUGGCUGAACGACCUGCUGCAAAUCAACUAUACCAAGAUCGAGCAGUGCGGGACGGGAGCUGCGUACUGUCAGAUUAUCGAUUCAAUCUACGGUGAUGUGCCAAUGAAUCGCGUCAAGUUCAAUGCAAAGCACGAGUACGAGUUUAUCGCGAACCUCAAGAUCCUGCAGAAUGUAUUCAAAGCGAAGAAGAUAGACAAGCCGAUACCCAUUGAGAGACUGGUGAAAUGCAAGAUGCAAGACAAUCUGGAAUUCAUGCAGUGGAUGAAGCGCUUCUGGGACGCCAACUACCCCGGGCAGGGCUACGACCCCGUCGCGCGCCGCAAAGGCGCGCCCACCGACACGCCCGCCACGCUCGCGCCCCUCGCGCCGACCGCUCGUGCGCCCAGCAGUGCGGGCGUGCGCGGCAAAACACCCGUGACAGGCCGCCGCCCCGGGUCGACGCAGCCGAACGAGGCGGUGCUGAAUCUCCAGGCGCAGGUGAAGGAGAUGUCGGCGCACAUGGAGGGGCUCGAGAAGGAGCGGGAUUUCUACUUCAACAAGCUACGAGAUAUCGAGAUCUUAGUACAAGCACAGCUGGAGGUACUAGAGGCCGAGGGACAAUCAGACGAGACGCUGAAAAAGAUCCAAGAAAUCUUAUAUUCGACAGAGGAAGGCUUUGAAGUGCCCGAAGGCGGGGCGGUCGACGAAGAAGAAAUGUUCUGA